CAAUGUGCUAAAUAAUGCUAAACAAUAUGACCAAAAUAUAUUUUCUUCAUUUGCAUUGACUAUCCUGUCAGAUGGAUUGCUAAAUAAUGUUUUAAAAUAUCAGUGGAUGCCAAAUCAUUAAUCUUACCCACAUUUAAAUAUACUACUACAUAUUUGAAUUCACUUCAUAAAUAUUUGAUUUUCAGGAAAAGAUAAAAGUCAGUGGUAUAUUUACAAAGGAAGGGCAGUCUUACUUUCUGUGCUUUUCUCCCUCGAUCCUCCAGAUCAAACCAGUCAACUAAGACAUGGAGCAAGGAAAUGAAUCCUCCAUUACUGAUUUCAUUCUCCUGGGCCUCUUCUCAGACUCCAGGCAUCCUGGCCUUCUCAUCACCAUAAUUCUGUUCAUUCUUGGGGUUGCCAUCACUGGAAACUCAGUCUUGGCCCUACUGAUCUGGGGUGAUGCCCACCUUCACACUCCUAUGUAUUUCCUACUCAGCCAGCUCUCUCUCAUGGACCUCACCCUAAUCUCCACCACUGUCCCGAAGAUGGUCAAUGAUUUCUUCUCUGGACAGAGUUUCAUCUCUCACAUUGGCUGUGGAGACCAACUCUUUCUUUACUUGAUGCUAGGAGUGGCUGAGUGUGUUCUCCUGACACUCAUGGCCUUUGACCGCUAUCUGGCCAUCUGUUACCCCCUCAGAUACCCAGUCAUCAUGACCCCCCGAGUCUGUUUGCAAAUGGCCAUUGGCUCAUGGGUUGGGGGUAUGCUUAUCUCCCUUAUGCACACAGUUUAUGCCAUGAAUUUCUCUACUUGUGACUCCAGGGAGGUUCACCAUUUCUUCUGUGAGGUUAUGGCCCUUCUGAAGCUCUCUUGUGAGGAUACCUCAACCUAUGAGAAGGUGGUGUUGGCAUCUGGCAUUGUUUUCCUCCUCAUACCUUUUGGACUCAUCUUGACCUCCUACAUCCUCAUCUUUCUCACUGUCCUCCAUAUGAACGCCCCUGAGGGAAGAAACAAAGCUCUGGCCACCUGCUCUUCCCACCUCAGUGUAGUGAGCCUCUACUUUGGUCCAGCUAUGAUCAUCUACAUGACCCCAGGUUCCUCUCUCCCCACAGAUGUGGACCAGUGUCUCUUUGUGUUUGAUGUUAUCAUCACCCCCAUGCUCAACCCCCUUAUCUAUAGCCUGAGGAACAAAGAGGUAUUGGAGGCUCUGAGGAACAUUCUAUGGAGAAAGCUGAUGUUUAUAGUGAAAAGAUGAUGCCACUUAAAAAAAAAAACUCAUAUCCUCUAUUGUUCCCCAUUUAAUACUGGUGCUAUUAGGAAAAAUUUAACUUUGAAUUUCAGUUUUCAACAAUAUUAAAGAAAUGACACUUUUUCUUUCAGAUUUCAAGUAAUGUGAACCAUACUACAAAGGCAACAGGGGAAUUCCUAUUUAACAGUGUUACACUACUUGACUGAUCAUAACAUAAAUAUCCAAUUUUCCCAGAGCUCACAAAUCAAAUUCAUAAGGAAACUGAUGUAGGCAUAUAUAUUCAACAAGCUUUACAAGAUUCAAGAUAACCUGAUAAAUAACAUGGUCCUAAUGUACCUUUUCUAGCUGCUUUGGUGGCUCAGAUGGAAAAGAAUCUGUCUGCAAUGCAGGAGACUCAGGUUUAACCCCUGGGUUGGGAAGAUCCCCUGGAGAAAGCAAUGACUACCCACUCAAAGUAUCCUUGCUUGAAAAACACCAUGGACAGAGGAGCCUGGCAGGCUACAGUUCAUGGGGUUGCAAAAAGUUAGACAUGACUGAGAAACUAACCAUGCACGCACAAAGUAGCUUUUAAAUCACAUGUCCUACACUUACCAUCAAUACACUCUAAUUUGCACCAUAUUGGUAUAUUCAGGUUUGCACUUUUCAGAUGAUUUCAUGAGUUCUCAAUUUUAUCAUUCAGUUCAGUCCCUCAGUCAUAUCCAAUUCUUUGUGACUCCAUGGACUGCAGCAUACCAGGCUUCCC